CUACCCUCUCCAGCUCGGCCUGCCCCGCGUUUGGAUAUGGAGGGGGCCGCUGCGCCCGCGGCGGGGGACGGCCGGGACUUGGGGCCCGGGGCGCCGGGCUCUUCCCCGGAGGCGGCGGCGGGGGCGACCGCAGCUCCAGUGGCGGCGGCGGCUGCCCCGGAGCCCAGGAAGCCGCAUGGGGUGAAGCGGCAUCACCACAAGCACAACUUGAAGCACCGCUAUGAGCUGCAGGAGACCCUGGGCAAAGGCACCUAUGGCAAAGUGAAAAGGGCUACCGAGAGGUUUUCCGGGAGAGUGGUUGCUAUAAAAUCCAUUCGUAAGGACAAAAUUAAGGAUGAACAAGAUAUGGUUCACAUCAGACGAGAGAUUGAGAUCAUGUCAUCCCUCAACCAUCCUCAUAUCAUCAGUAUUUAUGAAGUGUUUGAGAACAAAGAUAAGAUUGUGAUCAUCAUGGAGUAUGCAAGCAAAGGGGAGCUGUACGAUUACAUCAGCGAGCGGAGGCGCCUCAGCGAGAGGGAGACCAGACACUUCUUCAGGCAGAUUGUCUCUGCUGUGCACUAUUGUCACAAGAACGGUGUGGUCCACCGGGACUUGAAGCUGGAAAAUAUACUGCUUGAUGACAACUGCAAUAUUAAGAUUGCUGACUUUGGGCUUUCCAACCUGUACCAGAAGGACAAGUUCUUGCAAACAUUCUGCGGGAGCCCACUCUAUGCAUCUCCUGAAAUUGUCAAUGGGAGACCUUACCGAGGGCCAGAGGUGGACAGCUGGGCCCUGGGCGUGUUGCUUUACACUCUUGUUUAUGGAACAAUGCCCUUCGACGGUUUUGAUCACAAAAACCUCAUUCGACAGAUCAGCAGCGGAGAGUACCGGGAGCCCACGCAGCCCUCAGAUGCUCGAGGACUCAUUCGGUGGAUGCUGAUGGUGAACCCCGAUCGCCGGGCCACCAUUGAGGACAUCGCCAACCACUGGUGGGUGAACUGGGGCUACAAGAGCAGCGUAUGUGACUGUGAUGCCCUGCGCGACUCUGAGUCCCCGCUCCUGGCUCGGAUCAUUGACUGGCACCACCGUGCCACUGGGCUGCAGGCUGAGGCUGAGGCCAAAAUUAAAGGCCUGGCCAAACCCGGAGCCUCGGACGUCAUGCUAGAGCGGCAGCGGUCGCUGAAGAAGUCCAAGAAAGAGAACGACUUUGCUCAGUCCAGCCAGGACGUGGUGCCUGAAAGCCCAUCCAAGUUGAGUUCCAAGAGGCCCAAGGGAAUCCUAAAGAAGCGAAGCAACAGCGAGCAUCGCUCCCACAGCACUGGCUUCAUCGAAGGGGUUGUCGGUCCCACCUUGCCGCCAGCUUUCAAGUUGGAGCAGGAACUGUGCCGGACUGGCGUGGCCCUCACCAGCUCCCCUGAGGCCGAGGUGCCAGGCAGACUUAGCCCCAAACAGUCAGCCACGGUGCCCAAGAAAGGGAUCUUGAAAAAGACCCAGCAGAGAGAAUCGGGUUACUACUCCUCCCCAGAGCGGAGUGAGUCUUCAGAGCUGUUAGACAAUAACGACGGGAUGGGCAGUAGCAGUAUCCCUUCCCCCAGUCCCCCAGACCCAUCCAGAGUGACUUCCCACAGCCUCUCCUGCCGGAGGAAGGGCAUCUUGAAACACAGCAGCAAGUACGCCGCGGGCACCCUGAGCCCGGCCCUCAUCAGCCCCGAAAUGCCCACACUGGAAUCCUUGGCGGAGCCCAGCGUCCCCACCGAGGGCCUUUCCCGGAGCUACAGCCGGCCCUCCAGCGUCAUCAGCGACGACAGCGUUCUGUCCAGCGACUCCUUCGACUUGUUGGAUUUGCAGGAGAAGCGUCCCACCCGCCAGCGCAUCCGGAGCUGCGUCUCUGCCGAAAACUUCCUCCAGAUCCAGGACUUUGAGGGGCUCCAGAACCGGCCCCGGCCCCAGUACCUGAAGCGGUACCGGAACCGGCUGGGAGACAGCAGCUUCUCCCUCCUCACGGACAUGGAUGACGUGACUCAGGUCUACAAGAAAGCGCUAGAGAUCUGCAGCAAGCUCAACUAGCUCACCGAGGCGCAGGGGUUGGGUUGGGGGUGGGCAUGAGGGAGGAAUGGAUGGGAGCAACAAUUUGCGCCAACAGGCUGGUAGUACCUCUUUGCUGGCCGUGACAAUAGACUGGAAAAGCAAGGGUGCCGUCUCAGUGGGCCAAGCUUGUGAGCUUGGGCCAGUGCCUAAAAGGAAGAAGUGGGCUCUCCGCCAGUGCUGUCAACUGCCAGUCAGAAUUUGGGUCCUAACUGGCAUUUGCAUUAUGGCACCUCCCAGAGAACCAGCAGUCUAAGGGGGGUGGUGUUGGCCAGCAUGUAGUAGGCUGGGAGGAAGCAUAUGGGAGAGGGAGCCUUUCCCUAGAAGGCAUCAGAUGCUUCUGGAGAACAGGGCCAUAUGCUUUUAGUGAAUCCAAAAAGUCUGCUCCUCCUUUCUUUGCAUUAGCAAGCUUGAUCUGACUGCCUGGGGCUGGCAAGUAGAUCUCAGCAACCAUUAAUAUUCAAUUGCUAGUGGCUGCCGGUAUGCUGGUUGGAGUAGCAUUCUGCUCAGUCACAUACGGAAGGAGCUCUGUGAUUGACUCAUAAUGACUGCCCUGGGGAUGGGAAGGGGGGCAGUGGCACUCACGCUGCGUAGUUGCCAUCCUUGGCUUGGCUAAGCCCUGGAAGUUAGGUGAAGGUAUCCUGUGGGAUCUAUGCUAAGUCUGUCAUGCCACCAGCAUGGCAUUUGCUAAUUAGCUAGUCUACCCUGGAUGGAAGACAGCGCCUUGGUCAGGGAAAGAAUGCUUUGAAUUCUGCUGAGGACAUAGAAUCAGCCCCUGGUGAUUUUUCAGCUCCUUGCUGUCUGCCUCUUUCUGGAAAUCUGCCCCAUGCCCUUAUGCACAACCUGCCAGGGAAAAAGAUGGUGGCAUCAGAGGUCACAACUGUGGUAUACAGCCUGGGGACCCUUUGGGGUCUGUGCACAGAUGAUUGGAAGUUGAUCUACACUAGCAAGGCUCACUUGUCAGUUUCUUUAACGUCUCAGUAUUAACUCGAACGCUGCCUGUGGGGUUCGCACCUGCACGUGUGAAUGCUUUGAACUGGAUGCCUCACUCACUGCCCAUAGUCUCCAAAGGAUUAACUGGCUCAACCAUUGCCCUGUUUACCAACAGCAAACGAGUUCCCUGUCCACCAAGUGCAGAAAGCUCAGAGGUAGACGAGUUUGCUUCCAGGAAGUUAGCGUGUAGGUGGGAUAUUUGGAUGGGUGAAGGAAAGUCAGGCAGAAGGUACUUUUUCCCAAACCUAAAUGUGCUAUCUCAUGAUUUUGAACUUUGACAUGAACUCCUGGGCUUUGAGGAAAAGGAAAGUUUCAUCCAUUUAAAUGGAUAACGUGUUGAAAGAGCAGAGUGGAUUGGGAGGAAGUGUAUAUGAGAGGAAGGAUUUCCUUAGAAAUCAUCCACAUGCUGCUGGAGGAGGGAGAAGAAAGGUGUGGCAAGGCUUUUACCUUAAAAAGUAUAAAAACUAGGUGUUUCACUCCUAACCCCCUAGAUUAUAGGUGAUGAGACUUCACUUCCCCAGUGGGACAUCUUCAGGAUACUAGAUUUGGAAUUAACGGUCCUGUAGGGUUGGCUUCAGAUUCUAUUGGCCUGAGCAAACUGAAAGCCUUAUUUCAAGAUGGCCGACCUCUGGCAGCCACUAGAUGCAGAAGGAGGACUGACUAGUCUUGGGGGUGUCUUUGGAUAAGCCAAGAAACAAUAGUUCAUAGGGAGAUGAAAGAGAAUGUACCUUAGGGCAUAAACAACAUUAAUUUGGAUGAAACUGCCCUUUCCCUAAGGAGAUGGUUCUGUUUUCCCUUUGCCACUAGCUUUGAUGCUUUGGCUUGUGUAUUCCUUCAGGUUUAGCUGAGCAAUGUAUUGUGGGAAACUGCUCAAUUUCCUUACAUUCAAUUCCACCUCCUUCGUGAAUUCCAAUAAAGGUUAAAAGGGGAAAAAAGUCCAUAGAUAGCAAAUUGUGUGUGGGGGUGUAUGGGUGCAUGAGGGGCAUCCCGAACCUCCAAACUCUCUGCUCCAGUUUAUGCAGCCUUUUCUGAGCAGACAGCUUGGCCUAUAGUGCCACACUGCUGGCCCCUCACACGUGACAGCUGGCCUGGCUGGUGGCUGUCAGUAUGACAUAGGUAAACAUCUACCUACUUGUUAAUGGGUGUCUGUUUAGUAUUUUCCAGCUGUCUAAUUUUUGGUAAAAAUGAUUAAAAAAAACAAAACACAUUCUGCCCUCUUCCCCUUCCUCAAACACAUGUAUAUUCUCUGUUAAUAAGCUCAGUGUGGCAAAGAAAGGCUCAACUCAGAGGCAAAGUCUCCGGGUUGAGUCCUAGUCUGCUGCUAACUACCUGGUGGCCUUAGACAACUUCAGUGUCUCUGGGGCUAGGUUUUCCUUUCAUGGAGGGCUGGAAGGGUGGAUUAGCCGGUCUCUGUGGCCCUGCCUAGCUCUGACGUUUCUGCUGACAUCGUCUGAUUCUGGAUGCAAUGUUGACUCUGUCCUUUCAAGGAAAAACUUGGAAAAGAGGGAAAAUCCCUUCAAAGCAGCUCCUCUGCUUCCUGAUUAAGCCCUGCCAUCCCUAACAGCCAAUCCCCCAGCCAAAGAAGUCAUGCUUGAUUCAUUUCUGCGGAAUUACAAGUGACAGACACUUUUAUGACCCAGUGGACAAAGCAGGAGAUUCCCUGUCAGCUCUCCUGGCCCCUUCCUUGGCUCUGUGGGCCUUUCAGUGUCUUAGUUUACACAUCUGCCAAAGGAGUAGAAUUGUACUUCUUUUUACAGGCAAAUUCAAAGGCAUGAUCAGUUUUCAGAAAGUGCUUCAAGACCCCAGGCGAAAUGAAAAUGCUAAGUUACUGUCUGAAUUCCCAUCCCUGUUGCAAGGUGCUGCUUCUUCAGAUGAUGGGGGGCACUUUUCAGGGUGAAAUUCGGGCGAGUUUUGCCCAGGCCUGCUGUCUUGAGUACAAAUGUGAAUGAUCAACUGACUGUUUGUUGCCAAACUGGAAAUGUUCUGUAGGGAUUUACUGGCGUGAUAUCAUUCCUAGAAGAAAAAAAAGAGGGAGAGAAACUUGACUGCACAUUUUUUUUUAAAAUCCAUGUUGUGACUUUUAUUUAAUUUCUUUUUUUUUUUUUUUUUUUUUUUUUUUUUUUGGUAACUAAAAAGUUGACUUUUUUAUUUGAAUUUGUCUUUUUUAUUUAUUGGUCUGAAAGGCAUUUCAAAGGUAUUAUAAUAAUAUAUUGGUGUAAUUUAAUUGGUGCAACAUGCUUUAUGGCUCCAGUCAAAAUCGGUUUUCACUCAUUUGAUUGGUUUGAGCCCAGAACAGCCUACAGGGAAAAAAAGCUGGAUAACCACCCAAAGUGUUUGUAUUUUCAUUGGAAAUUGAUUUCUGUUUUUUUGUUUUGUUUUGUUUUGUUUUGUUUCUGUUUUUAUUUUUAAAUUAAAUAAAAUGCAAUGAACUGAACUGAA